UGAAAGGUGGGACGGACGGAGCAUUAGUCGAAUUGAUAUGCCCUCUUAGUAAUCUUGCUAACGACUCUUACCACCGUAUGGCCUGGAAUAACGAACCAACUGAAAGAAAAUUCAACAGAGCAGCCAUCCGGUACAAUUGCUCCCUUCAACCGAUCAUUCCCAGAUUCCCACUUGGCAGAAUCAAACCGUCCACCGCCUGACCCGACUUUGCCAAUUGACGGCUCGCAAUGUGUCGGCGGUGGGUCCAAUUGCUGCUCCCGAUUCCGAUACGCGGGCGAUGAGAGAAUUUUGUCACUGACACGCAAUUAUUGCUCCCCACGAUAUCCACAUCCCAGCGACUUUUAUGGAGGUGCGACUGCGCGCCCAUGCGUCUCUCUCUCAGUGUCGUAGCUUUCUCUCUUAGAACUCUCCAAUUAAUGAUUGUCCCUGCAUUUGAUGGAGGCCCUUUAAAUAGGAACACGCCUGCACACAUUCUAGCUACAAAAGGGGAAGGAAGAGGGAGGGCUGGCCCUUGGGGAAGUCGUAAUCCAAGAGGAGGAGAGCUUGUCAUUGCUCUUGGGUACACAAGGAGAAGACUUGUGCACUCAAGAGGAGGGGGGUGAAUUUGUUGGAAUGGAGCACCAAGACGAUGUUCUCGGUGCUGGCCGUCCUAAGAAGGUGCUCUCCGAUGAUCAUUUGGCCGUUGAAAUCCCUGAGACUGCCCAUCAAAUCAGCCAGGAUUCAUGGUUUCAGGUGGGGUUUGUCCUCACGACUGGAAUAAACAGCGCUUAUGUGCUGGGAUAUUCUGGUACAGUCAUGCUUCCUUUAGGUUGGCUGGGUGGUGUACUAGGGUUGAUUUUAGCAACUGCUAUUUCGCUUUAUGCAAAUGCUCUUGUUGCCAAGCUCCACGAAUUUGGAGGAAAGAGGCAUAUCAGAUACAGAGACCUAGCAAGAGCUAUAUAUGGUCAGAAAGCUUAUUCGCUCACUUGGGGAUUGCAAUAUGUGAAUCUUUUCAUGAUCAAUGUUGGAUAUAUCAUUUUGGCUGGCCAGGCUCUGAAGGCUGUGUAUGUUCUUUACUCAGAUGACCACGUCAUGAAGCUGCCAUACUUUAUUGCGCUAGCGGGUUUAGGAUGUGGCCUUUUUGCCAUCAGUAUACCUCAUCUGUCAGCUUUAAGGAUUUGGCUGGGAUUUUCAACAUUAUUCAGCCUAAUAUAUAUUGUUGUUGUAUUUGCACUAGCUCUUAAAGACGGGAUUGAAGCUCCUCCCAGGGACUACAGCAUUGCCGGAACCAAAUCAAGCAGAUUUUUUACUACCGUUGGUGCAGUUGCAAACCUUGUUUUUGCAUUCAAUACUGGAAUGCUUCCAGAGAUACAGGCGACAGUGAGACAACCAGUUGUUUCAAACAUGAUGAAAGGUCUUUACUUUCAGUUCACAGUAGGUGUUUUGCCAAUGUAUGCUGUCACAUUUAUAGGAUAUUGGGCCUAUGGAUCCGACACACAGACAUAUUUGCUGAACAGUGUUAGUGGCCCUGCAUGGGUGAAGACGCUGGCCAAUAUUGCAGCUUUUCUUCAAACUGUCAUCGCCUUACAUAUAUUCGCAAGUCCAAUGUACGAAUACUUGGAUACAAAAUUUAACAUAAAAGGAAGUGCAUUGGCUUUUCGCAACUUGUCCUUCAGGAUUGGAGUACGAGGCGGUUACCUAGGGAUAACCACUUUCAUUGCAGCUUUGCUGCCAUUCCUGGGAGACUUUAUGAGCCUUACCGGGGCUUUCAGCACAUUCCCCCUAACUUUUAUACUUGCGAACCACAUGUACCUUGUAGCUAUGAAGAACAAGCUGACGUCCAUACAAAAGAGCUGGCAUUGGUUAAAUGUCUGUUUCUUUGGUCUCUUGGCUGUUUUAGCAGCAAUUUCUGCUUUACGGCUUAUUGCAGUAGACUCGAAAACAUACCAUAUAUUUGCAGAUCUAUGAUUUUUUAGGCAAUUCCAGAGGCAAAAUUAAUCCCACCUCUGUAUGUUUGUUGACAUUUCAGGUAUAGGAUGUGGCUUUUCUCAGAAUAAGAGGUGGUUUUUCUUUAUUGA